AUGGAGGAUCAGGUAAACCGACUGGUCGAGAAGACCUGGGCAAAAUUCCAAUCAAUUCCCUCGUCUGAGCGCUUCUUGAUUGCGGUUUCUGGAAUCCCAGGUUCUGGCAAAACAACUUUGGCUUCGACGGUUACCAAGCGCCUGAAUGCUCUCUAUUCUGGCCUCCAUGGCAAGACAUCCACACCUCCCAUCGCGGGCUUCGUGCCCAUGGACGGCUACCACUUGACCCGAGCCCAGCUCUCCGCGAUGCCAGAUCCCAAGCACGCACAUGAUCGCCGCGGUGCAGAAUUCACAUUUGACGGCGACGCCUUUGUGGCCCUGGUGCGACGGGUCCGCGAGCCCCUAACACCCGAAUCCCAGACCCUCUACGCACCGUCGUUCGACCACGCGGUCAAAGACCCCGUCCAAGACGACAUACCCAUCGAGCCUACGACGCGGAUCCUCGUGUUUGAAGGGAAUUAUCUGAGUUUGGAUAAGGAGCCCUGGAGGACGGCGGCGGAGCUUAUGGAUGAGCUUUGGUUCGUGGAUGUGGAUUUCGAGACGGCGAGGAAGAGAUUGGUCCCUAGGCACGUGAAGGCGGGAAUUGCGCCGACUGAGGAGGAGGCGGAUAAGAGGGUUAGGGAAAAUGAUUUGGUUAAUGGGGAGGAGAUUGUAAAUAAGAGGUUGGAGGUGCAUGAGGUGAUCGUUAGUACGGACGAUGAGGGGUGGAAGCCGGAGGCUCAGUGAGGGAAUGAUUAACGAAAUGAGACGUAGAGAGACGUAGAGAGACAUAGAGAGAAGCAAAUUAAAUCAUAGACACGAUAGUCAGUUUAUUGGCCUUCCAUUCAGCUCGGU